CAUUCAUUCAAUGACAGAAAUGGCUGCAGCGUGAGUUAUCCUGCUGCGGUUUUAUUUUCAUUAAAAAUUUAUCAAGCUCUCAAAUUAUGGGAUCAUUUGCUAAGUUUGUAGCGGAAUAUUGUAAAAGUUGGGAAAAAUCAGGAAAAGAUCAAUUUAUUAAAUAUGUGACACAAUCUAUCAAAGAUGAAGAGAAAAGUCCACUUUUUACCAAAUCUGGAAAACUUUCUGGUUUAUCCCAGAAUGUAUACGACUUACUGCUUUGUGGUCUUCGGGGUAACCUGAAGAGAGAUGCAGUGCUUGCAGUUCUUCGGGAAAUUUGUGCAUUGCAUGCAGAUAUACCAUCAAUUGUGUUAGAUGUAGUCUGUGUAUUAGACGCUGAGACAUGCACUGAUGUUCAGAGUGAAGAACGCACAAAUUUUUGUUAUGUUGUGAGAGAACUCGAAUCUUUUAUGUCUGACAAAUUACUAAAGGAAAGAUUAGAAAUCGACACAUUACAAGAUGUUGGUACAUUGAAGAACAAAAACUUUUAUACCAAAUUCAUUAAAAUCAAGACAAAGUUGUACUAUAAACAACGUAAAUUUAAUCUGUUUAGAGAAGAGAGUGAAGGAUAUGCUAAAUUAAUUGUUGAAUUGAAUCAAGAAAUAAGUGAUGAUACAGAAUGGAAAACCUUACUAGAAAUCAUUCAGUCACUUAUAGGAUGUUUCAAUUUAGACCCCAACAGAGUACUAGAUAUUAUACUAGAAUCAUUUGAAGCUCGACCACAUUUAGAGGAUCUGUUUAUACCAUUGAUUAAAAACUACAUGGGAGAUCCUCAUGUGAUAUCAGAAGUUUUAGGGUUUAAGUUAGGCAAUAUGGAGGUCCUGGAUACGUACAAGGAACCACCACCGAUUAUGACUGUAAUAGCACUGCUUUUACAACAUCGUGUCAUCUCUCUUGAUGACAUUUACCCAUGGCUACGUCCUGAUGAUUUGUUGAUGGCCAAAGAAGCUGAAAAAGAAUUCAAAACAGUUCAAGAUUAUAUUCGGAAACUUAACAUAGUGUCUACAAAGGGACCUCAAGCCAAUGGACCCACCGAGUUUGUAGAAGAGAAAGCAGAUCCUCAGGAGUACUGGAGCAAUCAAAAGCUGGUCCUAAGCGAAGCGUUGCUGAAGGUGACCGCUUGGCGCGAGUUUGCAGCGUUGUACGCUCGCCUGCACACGUCGUCGAUGCCGGCCAGACCCGCCACCGCGCUAUGUGCCAUGUUGCACGCACUAGUGGAGCCAUUGUACAGGACCCACUGUCGUGUAGCCCCUAAGAUUUAUGGUAAACCAAUACCACCGUUGCCAUCGCCACUUGCCCCGGCUGCAUGCAAAACAUUUGAAGAUAUGAAGGAAACAGUCAUCCCUGCAUUGAUUUUGUUGGGGCCGUCACUUCAUUAUGACCCCAUUUUAAUGUACAAAAUAAUCCGUAUUCUUAGAACAUCGCGAUCUAAGCCUGAUGAUCCUCUCCAACAUGAGGCAUUAACAGUUCUUGAUGUUGCCAUUUUACCGUCACUGACUUUGAUGGAGGGAAACUGCUGCAUGGCUGAAGAAGUUUAUACCCUCCUCAAGUUAUAUCCCUACCAAUGCAGGUAUUGCUUGUACUCCCGUUGGAAAAACGAAGCCGGUGAAAGAAUACCGGCUCUGAUGAGAGUGCGCGGCAACUCGCUGCAAAGGAUCAAGCACAUAAUGAAACGUGUUUCGAAAGAGAACAUCAAGCCUCAAGGUCGCUUGAUCGGAAAACUGUCGCACGCUGCUCCGGCGUUCCUCUUUGACUAUAUGCUUUUACAGAUACAAACCUACGACAACCUGAUCGGUCCCGUGGUGGAGUCGCUGAAGUAUCUGACGUCACUGUCUCUGGACGUGCUCGGCUACUGCCUGCUGGAAGCGUUGUGCGCGGGCCGCGGCGCGGCGGGCGGCGCGGCGCACCCGCCGUGGCUGCAAGCGCUGGCUGCCUUCGCUGGAGCCGCUUUCAAGAAGCACAACAUCGAACUUACAGCGCUUUUGCAGUUCGUAGCGAACAGGCUGAAGGCGCAACAGAGCCAAGACCUUCUUAUUUUAAAAGAAAUUGUCCAAAAGAUGGCUGGAAUUGAAGCAGUGGAGGAAAUGACUUCAGAGCAACUGGAUGCUAUGGCUGGAGGUGAACUACUAAAGGGAGAGGCUGGAUAUUUCUCUCAAGUCCGCAACACACGCAGGUCGUCAGCGAGGUUAAAAGAGGCCAUUGUUGGCAACAAUUUGGACAUUUCAUUAUGUAUACUCUCGGCUCAGCAACGCCACUGCUGCGUAUGGAAAGAGUUGGAGGAUGAACCUGCUUCAAGUGGAGAACCACCAGGGUCCCAACUAAAGGUGGUUGGUAGACUGGCAGAUCAAUGUCAAGACGCCUUAGUACAGCUCGGUACAUUCCUGGCUUCUUCACACGCUCCCGAUGAGUAUGCGGCCAGAUUACCACCUCUACAGGAGUUACUACGCGAUUAUCAUGUAGAUGCCGACGUUGCAUUCUUCUUACACCGUCCAGUGUUGGCUCAAAAAAUUGGCGCCAAAGUGGAAUCUCUCAGAAAGAGCGCCGAAGUGAAAAACGAUAGUCUCGAAAAGAGUAUCGAACGUUACACCGCCGCUUCUAAAGAGGUUUUGGAGCCGGUUCUUUUGUCUGUGACACCGAUGCUGCCGUCGAGAGUGUGGGAAGAUAUUUCCCCAGAAUUCUACGUGACAUUUUGGUCACUAUCAAUGUACGACUUGCGAGUGCCGGUGGAAAGCUACGAUCGCGAAGUGGACCGCUUGAAAGCAGCGGCUGCGAUUGCGGCGAAGGAUACCUCGCAGGGUACAAAAGGCAAAAAGGAGCAAGAGCGUUUUAACACCCUUAUCGACAAACUGCAGGAGGAGCGUCGUCGCCAACAAGACCACGUGGCGCGAGUGUCUGCGCGGUUGCAGCGCGAGUGUAGCGGCUGGUUCCCGGCGCGCGCAGCCAAGUCCGCCAAGAACGAGACCGUUACACGUCUCAUGCAAUUAUGCCUGUUCCCGCGCUGCGUCUUCACAGCCACUGAUGCGCUGUACUGUGCCGAGUUCGUGCACACAGUACACUCGCUCAAGACGCCCAACUUCUCGACGCUUCUGUGCUAUGAUAGGCUGUUCUGUGACAUAACGUACUCCGUGAUGUCAUGCACGGAGGGUGAGGCGGCCCGAUACGGCACAUUCCUGUGCAAAGUGUUGGGCACAGCUAUGCGUUGGCACGGCGACAAGGCCGCCUUCCACAAGGAGUGCGCGCACUAUCCCGGCUUCGUCACCAAGUACCGCGUCUCCAACCAGUUCACGGAGGCCAAUGACCACGUCGGCUAUGAGAAUUACAGACAUGUGUGCCACAAGUGGCACUACAAGAUCACCAAGGCUAUGGUGGUGUGCCUGGAUUCAGGCGACUACGUGCAAAUCCGCAACGCGCUGAUUGUGUUGAUACGCGUCCUGCCACAUUUCCCUGUGCUUGAGAAGUUGGCACAGAUCAUCGAGAGGAAAGUGGACAAGGUAAAAGAAGAAGAAAAGACUCAAAGACCAGAUUUGUAUGUGCUGGCUACCGGAUACAGUGGUCAACUACGCAAUAAGGUUCCCAACAUGAUGAGGGAAAGUGACUUCCACCAGGUGGGCGAUAAACAUAAAGUAGCGGCGGCGGCGGCGCCCGCGCCCGCGCCCCCAGCGAAGGAAGAACCCGCUUUGAAGCACGACCAAGGUGUCGCCUCGCCGCAGCAGACUGCAGGUAAACCCACGAAUCAAUCUCAUCAUCAUUCAGUAUCAUCGAACGAGAUGACAUACCGCUUAAUGUAA